AUGCAAAAAAACAGCUUCCGAUUGUGCCAGAAGAAUGAUAGGCCAAAUCACAAGAACGCAUGCAAGGACGCCCAACUGGAGAAAGCCCUUACCCGAAUCGCCGAAAUCGCUCGGCAAGCUUACCUCAACUUCCGCGAAACGACUUGGGACAUCCCUGUGGUGAGAAUUGACCAGGUACCUGACGGUCUGGAGAUCCACUGGGCAGAUAAGACAAAGAGCAGCAGUCACUUCAGCAAUUUUCCUGCACAUAUGGCAACAUCCCAAAAUGUUCGUGAAGCAGCGCUCGUUGCUAUGCAUUGCGACGAGCCACAGGCACACCUACAUGGCCUCAUCAAAGCCCUUACUGAAGUAUUUCUUCGGUUGAUUAGUCAAAAGGUAACCAUCUCCCGUGAGGGUGCCGGCACGAAUGCGAACUGGCCAAAUUACAGGCAUGCAAUUCUUCGCAUCAGGUCCGAGAAGACGAAAACGCAGUGGAUCAUUGACAUUACCGGUGCACAAUACGGAAUCCGCAGAGCGUUAUGGAAAUGGAGAGAUUAUGAGAACAUGCACAUGGCAGUUGUCGCAAGAGUCUAUGAACUCGGUUACUUCAAAUAUCUCCUCGACAAGGCGAGCAAAAUUCAAGGUAUGGAUGGCCUUAGUUACAGGGUAGGAAUGCUCGCGGCUGGCAACCUCGAUCAAGCGAUCACAAAGUGGGCGGUUGGUCACAAGAAGAUCGCCGAGAUUAUCGAUCUAGACGAGGAAGCAUACCAGGUAGACAAGGCUAGCCUACUGGAGAGCAUGGACACCGCAGUUCGCUCCUUUGUCGCAGCGAACAACUUCAACGCUCAGUUUAGAGAGGCAAAGGCUUACGAUCGGAAGUGCCCAGGUAAAAGUGCGAACGAAAUCAUCAUGAUAGCUAAGACGUAUUGUGAAUAG